CCGUUACGCAAUUUAACACCAAAAAAACAAAAUUAUUUCCGUCCACCAUUUAAACACUCCAACCAAAGCCGCCGUCGUUAACCCCGCCCUCUCAUUCUCUCAGCUUCCCUCCUCCUCCGAUCUCAGAACCAAACCCCGGACGGCGAGAUCGACGCUCAUUUACCUCCCACUUCAAUCUCAUCUCAACCGUCCACCUGUGCUCUUCCUCCACCACAGCCGGCCAGUAUACUGUAUACAGAACUGGAUGGAAAGUUCUAGACCGGCUCAAUCCGCGUGAAGCAACUAACUCCGAUUCCGCGAGAUCGUCAAGACGGAGUUCGCGAAGCCACGUGGCGCGAUGAGGGGGAGCCUGAUGAACCGGCGAGGGGUUCAGAGGUUCCGGCAGGCGCUGAUCUCGACCGUCGGAUCGGUCAAGAUUAAGCUCGUGCUCGGAUUCUGCAUCGGCUUCACUCUUAUCGCUCUCGCCGGCAGGGCGUCGGAGUUUAUGGGGUGGACGACGAGUCGCAGUGCUUCUCUGGAACGGUUCUCCGAUUCGAGGAAAGGAUAUGCUAUUGUUAUGAACACAUGGAAAAGAUACGAUCUCCUGAAGCAGUCUAUAUCUCACUAUUCGAGAUGUCCUCGGCUUGAUUCGAUACAUAUUGUGUGGAGUGAGCCGAAUCCUCCAUCAGAUGCUCUGAAGAAGAUUAUGUACCACAUUAUAGAGUUGAACACUAGAGAUGGACGACAGGUUAAAUUGAAGUUUGAUAUCAAUAAGGAAGACAGUUUGAACAACAGAUUUAAAGAGAUUCCGGAUUUGGCAACGGAUGCUGUUUUUUCUAUUGACGAUGAUGUCAUAUUCCCUUGCUCUUCUGUAGAAUUCGCUUUUGAUGUUUGGCAAAGUGCAUCAGAUUCUAUGGUUGGCUUUGUGCCUCGUAUGCACUGGGUUGAUCCCACGAAUGGUCGUAUGGAUCAUUACAUAUAUGGUGGGUGGUGGUCGGUUUGGUGGACUGGUACAUACAGUAUGGUACUGUCUAAGGCAGCCUUCUUCCACAAGAAGUACCUAAAACUCUAUACAAAUGAAAUGCCAGCAUCAAUCAAAGACUUUAUAACCAAGAACAGGAACUGUGAAGAUAUUGCUAUGUCUUUUCUUGUAGCAAAUGUGACUGGUGCUCCUCCUAUAUGGGUUAAAGGCAAGAUAUUGGAGAUUGGAUCAACUGGAAUCAGUAGCAUGGGAGGCCAUACUGAAAAAAGAACUCACUGUGUUGAUAGAUUUGCUGCUGAGUUUGGGCGGAUGCCAUUGGUACCUACUUCGGUGAAAGCUGUUGACAGUCGCAACAUCUGGUUUUGGUGAUUUCAAAGCUUACAUUCUGUUUAAUCAAAUUGCCGGAAGAGUUUCCAGUCUUUGAGCUCCGCGUAGGACAUUACAAUAGGCUAUAACUGUCGAUGCUUGUUGGUUCCUGAGUUGUAUAAUAUUGCAUUCCACAAUAUUAGUGACAGUAGCUAAAUUAGCACGCCCAUAUUAGACGAAUUUCUUGUAUUGAUACCAUCUAACACGAGGCGGUUAGAUAUAAUUUUCCAAGUCUAA